UGCCUUGCCAGCUGACAAGCGAGAGAUUCUGAUCAAGUUAUCUAUGGUUCAGCUUUUAACGAGUAAACAUGGCACGCGCAUUAGUGGCAGCUCUUCUGAUUGAAGAAAUUUUAGAAAUGGAGAAAGAGGAAGAAAUUGCAAAAAGUGGCAAGAAAAAACGAAUUUGGGUGCAAGAUUGGCGUAAGAAAAGACCAAAACGUUCGCAUACAAAUUUGUUAAAAGAACUGGAAAUAUCUUGCCCAAAGGAUUACAAAAACUUUUUAAGGAUGGAUGUUGCAGUUUACAACGACCUCUUGGCGCUGAUAACGCCAUUAAUCGAAAAGCAAGAUACUAUUAUGAGAGAUGCAAUUUCACCGAAUGAACGUCUUUCCGUAACGCUAAGAUUUUUGGCCACUGGAGAGUCCUACGAAAGUUUAAAAUUUCCGUCACGCAUUGCUACCCCAACUUUGAGCAAAAUAAUAAUAGAAACAUGUGAAUCAAUAGUAAAAGUACUCAAGGAUUUUAUUUCUAUGCCCAAAAAUGAAGAAGAAUGGAAAAUUAUUGCUACGGAGUUUUUUGAAAUGUGGAAUUUUCCGAAUUGUCUUGGUGCUAUUGAUGGCAAACACAUCAACAUUAAAAGACCACCACAUUCAGGAGCUUAUUAUUUCAACUACAAGAAAACAUAUAGCAUUGUACUGAUGGCACUUGUCAAUGCAAAAUAUCAAUUUACAAUGGUCGAAGUUGGAGCUAAUGGAAGAGUGUCUGAUGGUGAUGUUUAUGGAAACUCAAAUUUUGCAGUUAUGCAUGAAGAGAGAAAGUUAAAAAUUUCUCCCCCAGUUAAACCACAUGGUUUUGACAAAGAGCUGCCGUUUGUUUUUGUAGCAGAUGACGCUUUUGCACUGCAUGAAAAUUUUAUGAAGCCAUAUAGCCACAGAGGAUUGACACACCAGCAGCUACAGUACAACUACCGAGUAUCACGAGCAAGACGGGUUGUGGAAAAUGCGUUUGGAAUUAUGUCUUCAAGAUUUCGUAUUUUGCUGACAACCAUAAAUUUAUCCCCAGAAAAAUGCUCAAAAAUUGUACUUGCGAUAUGUUAUUUGCAUAAUUUUUUAAGUAAACGUAGUAGCGCUUCAUAUCUUCGCCGAGUAGAAGAGAAUGAUAAGCAAUUUAUUGAAAUGGCAGAAUUACAAAAUACCACAAGCCGAAACUAUUCCAACAAAGCCAUGGAAAUUCGAAACAUAUUUUGUGAAUAUUUCAAUAGUGUCGGUUCAUUGGAAAAUUAACUUUAUAAA